CUGAUUGGUACAUUGUGUUCUUGUUUACUUCCACAAACAGGUUCAUUGAUAUAUACCAAAACUGAUAACUAUAUUACCUUCUUUACAUUCUCUUAAAUAACAACAAUUCUCGUUGUACCAUUCGCGCGACGUUGACAACAUCUAUUGAACGAUAUAUAUAUAAGAAUCAUCAUGUAUUUAUACAACUUGACUCUCAAUGCUUCGACAUCCAUCAAUCAAGCCAUCCAUGGUAAUUUCUCUGGAACAAAACAACAAGAAAUUGUAGUGGCACGCCAAACUCGACUAGAACUUCUCAAACCUGAUACGUCCACCGGCAAAUUACACACCAUGUUAUCUCAUGAAUGUUUUGGUCUUAUUCGAUCCAUCAAACCAUUCCGUCUUACUGGUGCUUCAAAAGAUUAUAUUGUUGUUGGUUCUGAUUCUGGUCGUAUUGUUAUUCUAGAAUACAAUCCUAUAAAGAAUUGUUUUGACAAAGUACAUGAAGAAACAUUUGGAAAAACAGGUACUCGACGUAUUGUGCCUGGUCAAUACUUAGCAACUGAUCCCAAAGGACGUGCAGUGAUGAUUGGUGCCGUAGAAAAGCAAAAGUUAGUAUAUAUUCUUAAUCGCGACUCAUCAGCAAAAUUGACAAUAUCGUCACCUUUGGAAGCACACAAAUCACAUACUAUUCAUCAUGAUAUUGUUGGUCUAGAUGUUGGAUUCGAAAACCCUAUUUUUGGAUGUUUGGAGGUGGAUUAUUCUGAAGUGGAUCAGGAUCCAACAGGUGAAGCGGUUAAGGAAGUAGAAAAGACAUUAACUUAUUAUGAACUCGAUCUUGGGCUCAAUCAUGUGGUACGAAAAUGGUCUGAACCUGUGGAUAGAACGGCAAAUUUAUUAAUUCCUGUUCCUGGUGGGAAUGAUGGUCCUUCUGGUGUUCUUGUCUGCUCUGAAAAUGUGAUUACUUACAAACAUCAAGAUAUGCCUGAAUUCCGUCUCCCUAUCAUCCGACGUGCUCAACCUCUUGAAGAUGCUUCUCGUGGUAUUAUUAUCAGUGCUUUUGCUGUACAUAAAAUGAAAAUUAACAAAAAGACUCAAUUCUUCUUCCUCCUACAAUCUGAAGCUGGUGAUAUCUAUAAGGUGACAAUCGAUCAUGCUGAGGGUGUGGUUCAAAAUAUGACAAUCAAAUACUUUGACACUGUACCUAUAGCUACUGCUAUGUGUAUUUUGAAGAGUGGAUUCUUAUUUGUGGCUAGUGAAUUUGGAAAUCAUCAACAAUAUUCAAUUGAAAACCUUGGGGAUGAUCCAGAUGAUCCUGAAAUCUCUGCAUCUGAUUUUAUGGAAGUGGAAGAAUCACAAGAAGAAACUCCUCUUGUCUACUUUACACCAAGACCAUUGAAGAAUUUACUGAUGGUAGAUGAAUUAGAAUCAUUUGCACCAAUGAUGGAUAGCAAAGUGCUCAACUUGGCGGAUGAAGAAUCACCUCGUAUAUAUGGUAUCUGUGGAAAUGGAGCUCGAUCAACUUUCCGAAUCAUGAAUCAAGGAUUGGAAGUAUCAGAAUUAGCAGUCAGUGAAUUACCAGGAAAUCCAAGUGCUGUAUGGACAACUAAAUUACGAUAUGAUGAUGAUUUUCAAUCCUACAUUGUGGUGUCCUUUGUGAAUGCGACUUUGGUGUUGUCUAUUGGUGAAACAGUGGAAGAAGUGGCGGAUACUGGCUUAAUGACAAAUACACCAACCCUUGCUGUACAACAACUAGGUGAAGAUUCUCUUGUACAAGUAUAUCCUCAUGGCGUUCGUCACAUCCGAGCUGAUAAACGUGUCAAUGAAUGGCGUGUCCCUGGUGGUCAAGUAAUUGUGCAAGCAGCAACCAAUAAUCGACAAGUAGUAGUGGCGUUAUCAAAUAGUGAAUUGAUUUACUUUGAAUUGGACAAUAUGGAUCAACUAAAUGAACAUCAUGAACGAAAACAAAUGCCUACCAAUGUCGCCUGUCUUGCCUUAGGCGAUGUACCAGAAGGACGACAACGAUAUCCUCAUUUAGCGGUUGGAUGUGAUGAUCAUACAGUACGUAUCCUUAGUUUGGAUCCUGAAGCCUGUAUGGAACCUGUAUCUAUGCAAGCUCUUCAAGGUGUAGCUUCAAGUUUAUCUAUUUUAGAAAUGUUUGAUACUGGAUCAACAAAGGGUCAUGGCACUCAAUAUCUAAAUAUUGGUAUGGCUAAUGGUAUCUUGCUUCGUACUGUUCUGGAUACUGUUACUGGUCAAUUAUCAGAAUCUCGUACACGUUUCUUGGGUCCACGUCCUGUCAAACUUUUCAAGGUCUCAACACAAGGUCAACCUGCUCUAUUGGCUCUUUCUUCAAAACCAUGGUUAAGCUAUACAUUCCAAAACCGUUUACAUCUUACUCCUCUCAGUUAUGAUACUUUGGAAUAUGGUAGUAUGUUUUCAAGUGAACAAUGUAAUGAAGGAAUGGUCGCUAUUACCGGUAACACCCUUAGGAUUUUCUCUGUGGACAAGUUAGGCAACACAUUCAAUCAAGUCUCAAUUCCUUUGAAAUAUACACCUCGUCAAUUUGCAUUACAUCAUACAACACGUACUUUUAUUGUAGUGGAAAGUGAUCAUGCUACGUAUUCUCAGGCUGAAAAGGUGAAGGAUUUGGCUAUCAAGGAAAAGGAAGGACUUGAAAUAGAUCCCGAUAUGGUGAACUUGGAUCCUGUACAAUUUGGACAUGUAAGAAACUCCAAAGGUAAAUGGGCAAGUUGUAUCCGAUUGAUUGAACCUUUCCAAGGUGAAACUUUACAAGAAAUUGAAUUGGAUGAAAAUGAAGCUGCUUUUAGUGUCACAGUAGUACAAUUUGCUUCAAAUCCUCAUGCUUCUGAUGCGUUGGAACAAUUCAUAGUGGUUGGUACUGGUACCGAUGUGACUCUGGCACCUCGAGGAUGCUCUUCUGGUUAUUUACGAUUAUAUCGUCCAGUCCUUGCUGAAGAUCAAAGACUUCAAUUGGAACUGAUACACAAAACUCCAGUGGAAGAAGUACCUUAUGCAAUGACUGAUUUCCAUGGUCGUCUUUUGGUGGGUAUUGGUAAAACACUUCGUAUCUAUGAUGUGGGUCGAAAGAAAAUGUUACGGAAAUGUGAAUCAAGGUGUAUUCCAAAUUGUAUUGUUACGCUAGAAACUCGAGGGGAUCGUAUUGUAGUGGGUGACGUUCAAGAAUCAGUACAUUAUGCAUUAUAUCAACGAUCUGAGAAUCGUAUUGCAGUAUUUGCAGAUGAUACUACACCUCGAUGGACAACAUCAUCUACAAUGGUUGAUUAUGAUACAGUAGCUGGAGGUGACAAGUUUGGUAACUUUUUCGUGGAUCGAUUAUCACAAACAACAAGUCAGGAAAUUGAUGAAGAUACUACUGGAAAUCGUAUAUUUUAUGAAAAAGGUUAUUUAAAUGGUGCUCCCAAUAAGUUGAGCAACAUUUGUAAUUACUUUGUAGGCGACAUUAUCACAUCUAUUCAUCGAACUAGUCUGAUAUCAGGUGGACGAGAAGUCAUAUUGACAAGUACAUUACAAGGAUCGAUUAGUAUGUAUGUUCCAUUUGUUGCCAAAGAAGACAUUGAAUUCUUCCAAAUGUUAGAAAUGCAUAUGCGAACGGAAGCUCCUCCCUUGGCUGGUCGUGAUCAUCUUAGUUAUCGUGGUUAUUAUAUCCCUGUCAAGUCAGUGAUUGAUGGUGAUCUUUGUGAACAAUUCAAUACGCUUCCUGCUGAAAAGAGAAGAAUGAUUGCUGAAGAAUUGGAUCGAACAGUGGGUGAAGUCCAAAAGAAGAUAGAAGAUAUGCGGGUACGAUCUGGAUAUUAACCCUGGUUGUCGAUUGGUUCGAUCUUUUUUUUUUUGGUGGUGAUACUCGGAGAAUAGAAUAGUUC